AUGGCGCUCGUUAAGGCCGGCGAGGCCGAUUACUCGAUCAAGCCCGAGAACAUUACACCCACCAUCGACACCAGUGCCUGGCCGCUGCUUCUGAAGAACUGGGACCAGCGUGUCAUCAACCUCGACAAGCCCUCCAACCCCUCUUCGCACGAAGUCGUCGCCUGGAUCAAGCGCAUUCUCCGUUGCGAGCGUACUGGUCACUCCGGUACCCUCGAUCCCAAGGUCACUGGAUGUUUGAUUGUCUGCAUUGACCGCGCCACCCGCCUGGUCAAGUCGCAGCAGGGUGCCGGUAAGGAGUAUGUCUGUGUCAUCAGACUGCACAACAAGCUCCCCGGUGGCGAGCAGCAAUUCGCCCGCGCCCUCGAGACCCUCACCGGUGCUCUCUUCCAGCGUCCUCCUCUUAUUUCCGCCGUCAAGAGACAGCUCCGUAUCAGAACCAUCCACGAGAGCAAGCUUUACGAGUUCGACAAUGAGAGACAGCUCGGUGUCUUCUGGGUUUCUUGCGAGGCUGGUACCUACAUCCGUACACUCUGUGUCCACCUUGGUCUCUUGUUGGGUGUCGGUGCUCACAUGCAGGAGCUGAGACGUGUGCGAUCCGGUGCCAUGGACGAGCAGAAGAACCUCGUCACCCUCCACGACGUCCUUGACGCCCAAUACCUCUACGACAACCAGCGCGACGAGAGCUACCUCCGUCAAGUCAUCAGCCCCCUCGAGUCUCUGCUCACCACUUACAAGCGUGUCGUUGUCAAGGACUCUGCCGUCAACGCAGUCUGCUACGGUGCCAAGCUUAUGAUUCCUGGUCUGUUGAGAUACGGUAUGUUCUGUCUCGCCACACUGACCAUGAACACUGUGCUAAUAAUUUACANNGAAUCGGGCAUUGAGGUUCACGAGGAGAUUGUUCUGAUCACCACCAAGGGUGAGGCCAUCGCCAUUGCCAUCGCCCAGAUGUCGACCGUUGAGCUUUCUACUUGCGACCACGGUGUUGUUGCCAAGGUCAAGCGUUGCAUCAUGGAGCGUGAUCUUUACCCUCGUCGCUGGGGCAUGGGCCCUGUCGCUACCGAGAAGAAGAAGAUGAAGGAGAGCGGCAAGCUCGACAAGUACGGCCGCCCCAACGAGGCCACCCCUGCCAAGUGGAACUCCGAGUACAAGGACUUCAACCUGACCGUCAACGGCGAGUCGACCACCGGUGCCGAGAAGAUCGCUACUGAGGCUGCCCCCGUCAAGGAGGGCAUCACUGGUCAAUCCAAGGACACCACCUCCACCGAAGAGGUCAUGGCCGCUCCCGCUGUUGCUGGAGACGGCUCAGACGUCAAGGACGCAACCAUGGAGGAUGCCGGCUCAAAGAAGGACAAGAAGCGCAAGCGCGACGGCGAGUCAGCCGAGGAGAAGGCUGAGCGCAAGAAGAAGAAGGCCGAGAAGAAGGAGAAGAGAAAGAGUAAGAGCAAGGCCGACAGCUCUGACAGCGAGUAA